GUAAAACCAAUCUGUACGACGGCAGCACCAGCAGCUAACAGUAGUCCAUUCACGUUACAACAGCUAGCUGACGUACAAUCACUAGUUAGACGUUAACUUACUGUUUGGCUAUCUUUAACGGAAGUUUUCCCGUAAAUGAACUGUUCUGACAUCGCCUGGUGUUGAAGAAGUUUAAUAGACAUGAGUGACCAGGGGGACAUUUGUCCCCACCUGAAUUCCAUAGGGGAGGUAACCAAGGAGGAGCUUCUGCAGAAAUCCAAGGGAUCCUGCCAGUCAUGUGGAGUGGGAGGUCCCAACCUCUGGGCCUGUCUGCAGAGCGAGUGUCAAUAUGUUGGCUGUGGAGAAACCUUUUCAGACCACAGCACCCUACAUGCACAGGCAAAUAAACACAACCUGACGGUGAACCUGACCACUUUCAGGAUCUGGUGCUAUGUGUGUGAGAGGGAGGUGUUUCUGGAGCAGAGGCCUGCAGUUGUACCUGCAAUGUCUGCCACACACACUCCCCACCUCUGUAAAGCUAAGGAACACCAGGAUGCAGUUCAUCAACCAGUGAGUCACCACCACCCGUUGAAAGCAGUCCCUAUCGCGGUAGCCGAAGAAGAGUGGUCAGAGUCAGAGGAGGAUGUGCUCAAACCCAGAGGUUUGACAGGGAUGAAGAAUAUGGGUAACUCCUGCUACAUGAACGCAGCGCUUCAAGCCCUGUCCAACUGUCCUCCUCUCACUCAGUUCUUCCUGGACUGCAGUGGACUGGUGCGGACUGACAAAAAGCCCGCACUGUGCAAAAGCUACCAGAAACUCAUCUCUGAGCUCUGGCACAAGAAACGGCCCAGUUACGUAGUCCCCACCAGUCUGUCCCAGGGCAUCAAGCUGGUCAACCCCAUGUUCCGUGGCUACGCCCAGCAGGACACCCAGGAGUUCCUGCGCUGUCUAAUGGACCAGCUCCACGAGGAGCUCAAAGAGCCACGGGUAGAGUGUGGCGGGGGAGGGGAGGGGGAUGAGAGGAGGGAUGGGGGCGACCGCUCCCCCUCUGAGGAUGAGUUCCUCUCCUGCGACUCAGGCGCCAGCAGCGACCGGGGGGAGGGAGGGGGACUGGGGGAGCCCGAGCUGCUCAUUCAGGACGAGUGUGGGGUGGGGCCGAGAGUUGGAAGAGGGGGGACAGGCACGGGCGGCGGGGUUGGCACAGGGGGGCCCAUCUCAGAGAAAGAGAGGCUGAAGGAGAAAAGGGUGUUGGGCUCGCCCCUCCACAGGGGCUCCCAGGAGAUGGACGAGGACGCUGAUGUGGAUACGACAGUGGCCGAAGAGGUGGUCUGGAGAGGGGAGCGGAGGAGGAGGAGGGGACCCCCUAGCCCUAAGCCACAGGGUCCGAGUCAGAGCAACAGCACUCCAGAGCCAGACAAUGAGGCAUCGAUGCAGAAGCGUCCCCAGUCUCGCCCCUGCAGCCCCGUCCGUACUGUCCAGGAACUGCACCCUAAACUCUCCCCCAGCCCCACUCGCUCCAGCCCCUUCCGCUCUGCAGGGCCCGAAUACUCUUUUAAGAAAGCCCAGCUGUUCCUGGGUGCCAAGAAGCAGAAGCAGUCUCACUACCGCAGCGUCAUCUCAGACAUCUUCGACGGCUCAAUCCUCAGCCUGGUCCAGUGUCUGACUUGUGACAGGGUGUCGACCACAGUGGAGACCUUCCAGGACCUGUCCCUGCCCAUCCCAGGUAAGGAGGACCUGGCCAAGCUACACUCCUCCAUCCACCAGAACCUCCCAGCCAAGACCGGGAUAUCUCUGGACGUCUACGGCUCCCAGGGCUGGAUCACCUACAUCAUGGACUCCAUACGCAGGUUUGUGGUGUCCUGUAUCCCCAGCUGGUUUUGGGGUCCUAUGGUCACACUGGAGGAUUGCUUCGCCGCCUUCUUCGCCGCUGAUGAGCUCAAAGGGGACAACAUGUACAGCUGUGAAAGGUGUAAAAAAUUGAGAAAUGGUGUAAAAUAUUGCAAAGUACUUCGGCUACCUGAGAUCCUGUGCAUCCACCUAAAACGUUUUCGGCACGAGGUGAUGUACUCCUUCAAGAUCAACAGCCACGUGGCCUUCCCAUUGGAGGGCCUCCAACUCCGACCUUUCCUGGCCAAGGACAGCCCCUCCCAGAUCACCGCCUAUGACCUGCUGUCCGUUAUCUGUCACCAUGGCACCGCAGGCAGUGGCCACUACAUAGCGUACUGUCAGAACGUGAUUAACGGUCAGUGGUACGAGUUUGAUGACCAGUAUGUAACGGAGGUCCAUGAGACGGUGGUGCAGAAUGCUGAGGCCUAUGUGCUCUUCUACAGGAAGAGCAGUGAGGAGUCGGUGAGGGAGAGGCAGAAGGUGGUGGAUUUAGCUAGCAUGAAGGAGCCAAGCCUGCUGCAGUUCUACAUCUCCAGAGAGUGGCUGAACAAGUUCAACACUUUCACUGAGCCAGGGCCCAUUAGCAACCACACCUUCCUCUGCCAGCACGGAGGGAUCCCGCCCAAUAAGUACCACUACAUCGACGACCUGGUGGUGAUCCUGCCCCAGAACGUGUGGGAGUACCUGUACAACAGUUUUGGAGGAGGUCCAGCAGUGAACCACUUGUACGUGUGUGCCGUCUGCCAGGUGGAGUUAGAGGCUUCGGCCAAACGCAGGAAGGUGGAAAUAGACACCUUUAUCAGGUUGAAUAAAGAGUUCCAAGCGGAGGAGGCUCCCUCAGUCAUCCUGUGUAUCAGUAUGCAGUGGUUCAGAGAGUGGGAGAGCUUUGUCAAGGGCAAAGACAAUGAGCCCCCUGGUCCUAUUGACAACAGUAAGAUUGGUGUCAUGAAAGGGGGACACGUACAGCUCAAGCAAGGGGCUGACUAUGGUCAGAUCUCAGAGCAGACAUGGCAGUAUCUCCUCGGUAUCUAUAGUGGAGGGCCUGAGAUUGCAGUGAGACAGACGGUGCCGGCCACCAACACAGACAGCCUGCAUGGAGAGAGGAAGAUCGAGGCAGAGACCAGGGCACUCUGAGAAAUGGUUGUCUGUGUUUGACACCCCUGUACACUGUAUCCUGUACACUCGCUGCUGCUAUGUACCCCUGUACACUAGCCCUCACUGGAGCUGAGGUGGUUGAUUUGCACCUGGGUGAAGAGAAGCCUUAUUGCACUUUGUAAAAUGUAGCAACGCGCCUUAUUCUAUUACCUGUGCAGGAAGACAUAUUGGUCAAUUAUCAUCAUAGUGUAGUAGAAAAGGUGUUAGUUAUUGAACUCUUAAGAUGUUUUAGUAAGAAAAUAUACAUUAUGUGACACCAUGUCUUCGAAGCUAUUGUGGUAGUUGCAGUAGGUUGGUGACAUCAAAAUCUAAAUUGCUGCUGUACUACUGUAGUAGGUGUGUCAUGUCGUUAAUGGUGUCCUGCACUCAGACGAGAGGCAGAGGGAGGAAGGGAAUGGCGUGCCGAGGGGCGUGACAUCAUCGGUGUUAAUUGCUUCUUGACAACUCGGGUGAACUUUUACUAAUCUUUUUUUGCUGCAGGCCCCAAACAACAAACAUUCAAUGACGUUUGUCACUCCGAGAUGGAAGAGGAUGGAUGUAAAAAAACAAAACAAAAAAAGGCUGUUCAGAGCUAUUUAUUUAAGUCAGAUCGAGGCUUAUCCCAUCAAUAACCCUUAGUAGUGUAAAUUUACAUACUGUAUGAACAAGCAGAUUAGGUUGUCUCUCUCUCUCUCUCUCCAUUCCUUAGGAGAAUAGACUGUUCCCAGGUCUAUUUGUGUUGUCUUACCAACCCACCGGUUUCUGCAGCCCCAGUUUAGGAUAGGAUAUCAGGCUAGGAGGAGGGGGGAGAUCCCGUCCACCUGGAGGGGUAGGUGUGGAAGAGGUGUAAAGAGGUGUGUCGGUCACCCGUCUAAAGUGAGUGUUGCUCAGAUGUCUCGUACUUCUCAGCUCAGCAAAACUCCAUUUCCCAGAAUUCACCACUCCCCCAGUUUACUAGCCUGCACCUUUCUGCACUCGUCCGUCUGCUUGGAAAAUAUGGGAGGCAGGUAGCCUAGCUGUUAAGAGCAUUGGGCCAGUAACCGAGAAGUCUCUGGUUCGAAUCUCCGAGCUGACUAAGUGAAAAGUCUGUCAAUGUGCCCUUGAGCAAGGCACUUACCCCUAAUUGCUCCUGUGUGUUGCUCUGGAUAAGCGUGUCUGCUAAAUGACUUAAAAUGUCAAAUAUUAUAAUCCCCCUCAUCCCUCCCACCAUAAAGGUACAAUUCAAUUUACUGUGCAGGUAUACACGCUAAAACAGAGGUUCAAACUUGUUUUUUAGUAGGUAGGACGAUGUUUUGUACUUUGACAAGAGAUGAUGCAAGUGGUGAUGUCAUUAUGAGCUUCCCCUGAUUUCCCGGAGUAUGCCAACUAACCGUUUAAUGGUUAAAUGACAUGCGUUCAAGCGUGUCAAUGGCUACUGUAGUAAUGCUAUGUAAUGGAUGCUGUCCAGUCGGGCCAAACAGUGUUUGAACCUAAAAGUAGAGGUUUGAAAAACAUCUGAGUGAUUCUGUGCUGCCGUGCUGGUAAGUGGUAUGUCAGUGUCCAAAGAGGAAUUAUGUAGUUUUUUAAAAAGAUAAUGUCAUUUUUUCCCCUUUUUCAAAAUAGAUAUAUAAUAUAUAUAAUUUUUUUGUACUGUAUUUUUGUCAAUUUAGUACAGAUGUGAAACCUCUGUUUUUUUUUAUAGAGAAGUGCAAUGAAACAUUUCUGGCUGUCUAUCUGUGCUCAGACACCUGAGAGUUGUUGUUGUUGUUAUUAUUGUUGUUGUUAUUAUUAUUAAAGUCUGCUGAUAUGUACUUUAGCAACCUUUGUUAUGACAGUGGACUACAGUGACGAUCCUUGUGCUGCAGUUCCAACGUUUUUAAAACGCUAUGUGAUACUUAUCUUAAUUCACCUCACUUCUGAAUUCCUGGUUGGUGUGUUUAUGUUGGGUUGUUUGCACACACACAACACACACACUCGCUUGUAAGAGUUUAAUUUUCACUUGUUGAUGAUUUAACAUUAAGACAUUGCUGUGGUGGAUUUGAUUGCGUCGAUAAUGACUUGUCUUUAUCCAAAAGAAUAAUAGUAAUUAAUUAAACUUGUUCUUCAAUGUCUGUCAUGGUCACAGCAGUGGUGAUCUAUUGAUGCUGUUUGUCGUCGUUGGUAACUCAGAUGAGUGUCUGUAAAACUAAUGAUUAAAAGGCUUCUUUCAUUUGCCUGUG